UGAAGAAGCAAAACUUUAUUUCUAGAGCGCAGCACAUUGCUUAAAGAGGCCUCUGCCAGCAGUGAUUCACCUUCAUCCAGCUCAUAUUACACGAGUUACGGCACAGCAUUUGGAAAACUGGGAGCAGCGGAAUAUGGACGCGAGCCCCAGGCCCAGGAGAGGGCCAAGCUCGGGGGCUGAGGGUGCCCGGCAGGGCGGCUUCCCAGAGGCCGCAGGCUCGGCAGCGGGCGCUUCUCCAGGGAGACCCCAUGCUGUGAGCGCGGCCGCCGCCUGGCUUGGCCCUGCCCUCCUGCCUGGCACGACGCUCCCGUCGCCAUGGCAACAGCGGAGGCCGCUGGGUCAGGCCGCGUCCCGCCGAGCCAGGCUCGGCGCUCCGCCCCGCCCGGACGCUGCGGAGGAAGACCCGUUGCCACUUUGAGGCGAGAGCUGGGCUCGGCUGAGAGCAUGGGUGUGAAGAUGGAGAGCGGCGGCAGGCGGAGCCAAGUGAAUGAAUAUCCAGCUGUGGUCAUUCCCAGAUGUGGUCCAGCAAGUCCGUUUAAAGGACAGCUAAGUACUAAAAGUAACGCUUUCUGCAUUGACUCCUCCCGAAGUCUGACUAACCAGUACCUGAUCAGAGAUCACAUGAUAUUUCAUUAUAACAGAAUUCUUUCAGCCAAAGCGGUUGUAGACUGUUCAGUGCCCAGAAGUAGGUUGACCAGCAUUAAACUUGCUGACCAGCAGAGAAGAGAGAAACUGAACAAGAAGAUAGCCAGUUGUGAAAAAGAAAUGAAUGUGGGCAAAAGUGCCUCACGAUCCAGCUCAAGAGAGAGUGGAAGGCUGCUGUCAACCUCUUCUGGAAAGAGUCCCUUGGAAGUAGAAGAUAAAGACAAUCUCUUCUCCUGUGCUGAGCACACACCAUACCUGUCAAGAGCACUGUCACCUUAUGGUGAGCACGGCUUGCUUCACUCCAGUCCAGUAGAAUGUGCCAGAAGACAUUCUCGGAAUAGAUCUAAUGCAUCUAACUCAAACACAAGCGUCAGUAUGUCAAGCACACCAAGAAAACGCUCCGGAGUUUCAAGCCGUUGCUCCUCUGAUAGCUUUGUGAGCAUCAGUCAUUCUCAGAGGCGUCAGGAAAGCAACUCCAAAAUAUACAGUGGGGAUCUUCUGGACAAGCACUCAGAAUUGUUUACCACUAGCCAAAAACCUUUUACUCCACGCACCUUAAUAUCAGAUGCUAAAUCUGCCCUGCUGGGGUACAGGUAUUACACUACUGCUCAAAGGAAAAGGAAAAAGCGCUGCAAGCAGCGCAUGGAAGCUGAAACGCAGACUGAUGUGAUCAGCUUUCCAAGUACAGAUAAAGCAUCUGAGAGAGAAGUUAAGAUUGAACAGCAGAAGGUGACAGUGAAGACUGAAGAUAAAAGAUACAAUAUGGAUGAGCCUGAGAGAGAAAUAGCUGCUCUUCCGUGUUCCUUUCUAAGAGAGGCAUCAUUGUAUUCUGAGCAGCCAUCGGCAAGGAUGAAUAUUGAGGCUGCAGAAGAUGACCUUUUAUAUUUGACUUUCAUUGAAGAUAUAACAAAUGAAAUUCUUGACCUUGGGCUGUUUUCUAACAGAGUUCUGGAACAAUUGUUCGAGUGUCAUAUACAAGAAAAUAAGAACCGUUUGGAUGAGAGCAAAAUGCGGCACCUGUUGGAUAUGCUUAAAGCAGACCUUGGCUGCAGCCCAGGCAGUGGUGCUGAGCAAAUCCACGCUGGUUGGGAAGCAUUUGACUCGCUGGAUCUGGAAGAGUUUAAUAUGAUGGAACAGCUUGAGUUUACCAGUAGAAGUGAGAGGCAAGGAAAAGCUACAAAAAGUGAAGUAUUCUUUAAGACCAUGGAUUUAUUAUUAAAGGAACAAAGCACAUGUGAAAUGCCACAAUGCAGUGAAAAGUCAAAGAAGACAGAGAGCAAGGAUAUCUUUUCAGAAGAUGUUGAUGAAAUGAUGAAUGCUGAGACAGAGUCUCACGCUUGUGUGACAUCUGAAGACCCAGUCACUUCACUCUCAUGUGAGGAAACUCUAAACUUGGUUACUUGUGACAAUGAUUUGGAAGCCAACAAGGAACUUGAUGAUCUUGAGGAAAACUUUGCAGAGGUCCUUCAGAUAACACGUGACCACUCAUAAUAGUGGCCAAAAUGUAGCUGUUAAAUGGGAAUGAAGCUAUUUUUGUAGAGAACUGCCAUUCACUAAAUAAAGAGAAGUCAAUUGUUUA